CUUACCUCUCUGUGUUUUGCUUAACUAUUUAUUUUUGUUCUCUGGGGACAAGCAUUUGUGAAGUAAACUUUCACUUAUGAUGGUAUAGCUUGGACGUGCAUACAUGAAGAUGUUCUUAAGAAAUCGUGGAAUUAUACAUCGUUUUGAUUUCAAGUACCGUAAAAUCUAUGAUUUUUCUAGACCAUUCUCGUCGAAUGGAUCGUUUUCAGAAUCUGAAGGGAAAGUUGUUCCCUUUGUGGAUGGGGAUGUGCCCGAAAAUUCGGUGAAAGCUGAAGGGACAAGACAAGGAGUUGAUGAGAUAUGCCAGAUAUUGGAGAGUGGUCCCUGGGGACCUUCUCUUGAGAAUUCUCUGUUGGUGAAUUGUGGGAAACCUCAACCUGAAUCCAUCAUUCGAGUCUUGAGGAGACUUAAGGAUGUAAAUCUAGCCGUGAACUAUUUUCGUUGGUCGGAGAGACAAAUUGACGAAGCACAUUGUCCGGAAGCAUACAAUUCGCUUCUGAUGGUCAUGGCUAGGAGUAGAAAUUUCAAUUGGUUGGAGCAGAUUUUGGAAGAGAUGAGUGUAGCGGGAAUUGGCCCGUUGAAUUAUGCUAGUCUUGAGUUAGUUUUAAGCUGUGUCAAGUCACAGAAACUGAGAGAAGCUUUUGAUCUAAUACAGACCAUGAGGAGGUUCAAAUUCCGCCCGGCAUUUUCGGCUUACACGACUUUGAUUGGCGCUCUAUCCGCAGCUCAUAAAGCUGAUCUCAUGCUCACUCUCUUUCAUGAGAUGCAAAAGCUAGGUUAUGAAGUAAGUGUGCACCUAUUUACAACUGUAAUUCGUGUCUUUGCCAGAGAAGGAAGGGUCGAUGCCGCCCUGUCCUUGUUGGAUGAAAUGAAGAGCAACUCGCUUGAUGCGGAUAUUGUUCUUUAUAAUGUCUGUAUAGAUUGUUUUGGUAAGGUUGGUAAGGUGGAUAUGGCCUGGAAAUUUUUUCAUGAGAUGCAGGCACACGGGUUAAGGCCUGAUGACGUUACGUAUACCAGCAUGAUAGGAGUUCUUUGCAAAGCUGGCAAAUUUAAUGAAGCCGUUGAUUUAUUUGAACAGAUGGACCUUAACAGGAUAGUACCGUGUGCGUAUGCAUACAACACCAUGAUCAUGGGCUAUAGUUCAGCCGGAAAAUUUGAUGAAGCUUACAGCUUACUAAAGAGGCAAAAAAGAAAGGGCUGCAUUCCAAGUGUGAUCGCAUAUAAUUGCAUUCUCACCGGUCUAGGGAGAAAGGGAAGAGUAGAUGAAGCAUUAAGGAUUUUUUAGGAGAUGAAGAAAGAUGCAGUGCCCAAUCUUCCAACUUAUAACAUUCUAAUAGACAUGCUUUGCAGAGAGGGAAAGCUCGAGGAUGCUUUGUGGAUUCGGGAUGCCAUGAAAGAAGCCGGUCUGUAUCCUAAUGUUAUGACUACAAACAUAAUGAUCGAUCGACUUUGUAAAGCUCAGAAGAUUGAUGCAGCUUGUUCAAUAUUCGACGGGAUAGAUCACAAAGUUUGCACCCCGGAUGAGAUUACAUUUUGUUCUCUUAUUGAUGGCCUCGGCAAACAAGGAAGAGUGGAUGAUGCCUACAGGCUUUACGAAAAGAUGUUGGACACUGAUCGGGUUCCAACUGUUGUUUUGUAUACAUCCCUCAUUAGGAACUUUUUCAAGUGGGGCAGGAAAGAGGAUGGUCACAAAAUAUACAAGGAAAUGGUGCGCCGGGGUUGUCCCGCUGAUUUGAUGCUCCUUAAUACCUAUAUGGAUUGUGUUUUCAAAGCCGGUGAAAUCGAGAAGGGUAAAGCUUUGUUUAAGGAAAUUAAGGCUCAAGGAUUCAACCCCGACGUGAGGAGCUUUUCGAUCCUAAUCCAUGGCCUUGUAAAAGCUGGCUUUGCACAUGAGACCUAUGAGUUGUUUUAUGCAAUGAAGGAGCAAGGAUGUGUUUUGGAUACCCGCGCUUACAACACUGUUAUCGAUGGAUUCUGCAAAUCGGGCAAGGUGAACAGAGCGUACCAGCUUCUUGAGGAAAUGAAGAUAAAGGGUCACCAACCAACUGUCGUUACCUACGGUUUUGUCAUUGAUGGGCUUGCCAAGAUUGAUAGGCUUGAUGAAGCUUACAUGCUUUUUGAAGAAGCAAAGUCAAAGGGUAUAGAGUUGAAUUUAGUCAUCUACAGUAGUCUGAUUGAUGGGUUUGGGAAGGUGGGUAGAGUUGAUGAAGCCUACUUAAUAAUGGAAGAGUUGAUGCAGAAAGGUUUGACCCCCAACGUAUACACAUGGAAUUGCUUGCUCGACGCCCUCGUGAAAGCUGAUGAGAUCGACGAGGCCCUCGUGUGCUUUCAGUCGAUGAAGGACUUGAAUUGUGCUCCAAACCAUGUAACUUAUAGCAUCCUGAUAAAUGGAUUUUGUAGAGUUAGGAAAUUCAACAAGGCUUUCGUGUACUGGCAAGAGAUGCAGAAACUUGGGUUGAAACCGAAUGCAAUCACCUACACCACCAUGAUAUCGGGACUAGCAAAGGCCGGGAACAUAGUGGAGGCGAAUAGGCUUUUCGAGAGGUUCAAGGCGAGUGGUGGAACUCCCGAUUCGGCUAGCUACAAUGCCAUGAUAGAAGGGUUGAGCAUCACGAAUAGGGCGAUAGACGCGUAUGCGCUUUUCGAGGAAACUCGAUUGAAAGGGUUCAGGAUUCAUAGCAAGACUUGUGUUGUGCUCUUGGAUGCAUUGCACAAGGAUGAAUGCCUUGAGCAGGCAGCAAUUGUGGGUGCUGUCUUGAAGGAAACGACGAAGUCUCAACAUGCUUCAAGGUCAUGGUAAUGUUGUCGUUUUCUAGCAUAGAUUUGGAGGAACUGUUGUAGCUUAAAUAUUGUUUCUAUACAAGGGUUGGAGAAGCAAUUAUAAUCCUGGAGAGAUUUUAUUUAAUCAUAUUGAGGCCAAAUCAUUGUACUACUUGGAGAAGCAAGUUUUUUUUCGUGUUCUUUUAUUUUUUACGUAUUUGCAUCUAAAAGAUGCCAAGCAUUUUCUAAAUGCCUGAAAAAAAAAAAGGGAAAAAAAAGGAAACAAGUUAAUUUCAAUAUUUCAGAGUAGGAAUCUGUUUGAA